AUGCCAACCAUGUUAUUGCCGUCAUCCGCGGCCGCUUUUGCGCCGCGGUCCUCCCCGAAUGUCGUGUUGAAUACCAAGGUGGCGCCAUGGUUGACGGCCACUUUGAAACGAGUCAAUCGGGUCAAGCGUCCUCUGAACAACGUCACCCAACACACCCGGUGUCUGACGGAGACCUUGUCGUCGCAGAAUGCAAUCUGGACCUUGUGUUCAAUGAUGUUCACAAAGGCUCCCGAGGCAGAGCUGCGGAAAGAUGAGAACCCACUCGUGGAAGGUCUUUUCAACUAUCAGAUGAUCCACAUAGAGGCCUAUGUCGUGCACGUCGACAUGGUCUCGCGGAAUGAGGUCGCAUUCAAACUAACCCCGGAGACGAUUGAAUCCCUGGUGGAUUAUCAUCAAGACAUCUACUCGGUGGAUGCGGCCGCCAACACGUGGGAUUGGUCAGGGAAGCAGAGUCAGCUGAAGAAGUUACAGGAGGAGUUCGUGCAAGCCGCUAACAGGUUUGUGUACCGGACCGAUGCCGAGGCGCUGGAAGGAUUGGAAGAGGAUGGCGCCGGGGACCUAAUGUGUGGACGAGGCGAAGACGCUAAGCAGGCCAUCGCGAAUCUAUUCGUGCCCCUGCUACCACCUCCACCACGGGUGGUGGAUGUGAUGCGUGCCGUUCCUCUUCUACCCAGUUCGACAGGCCCCGAAGUCUGGUGGCACAACCCCUGCCCACCAUCCGCGCAACUCGAGUCGUGGAAAGUACUGCCGCCCAGCCCAACCCCGGCCACGGACGAUUCUAAUCCGAAUCUUUGGGCCAGUCUCAGUUUCAGUGAUGCCCAGCUGCCAUCGCCGACUCCAUCCUAUUGCCAGCCGUUCACCACCGCCCCGUACCUUCCGUAUGACAACAUGGUAACGACCUCGGCCCUUCUCGCACCCCUCCCGCUCCCGAGUACGCUCGUGCAACAUUGCAGUAUGGGAGCCAACAUGGCAGGCUUCGGCUGGGGAGACUUCGCCCCGUUGCCCUACGGCACGACGAUCUAA